AGCUGCACUGCGUACCUGGACGGCGGAUGCGGUGCUAAGGAUAGAAACUCUCUCUCUUCCCACAUGAACCACGCGCACACACAAACAGAAUACACUUGCGCAGCAGUCGCACUAGUCGUACGGAUACUGCGGUAGCAAGAGUCGACCACUCAAUGUCAGGGAUGGGUAGUGACCGGCUAGCAGACCGACUCAUGGCAUUCCCAUUCCCAUUCCCAUUCCCGACACCGCUUCCCACGCUUGUUUGGAUCCGACGCAGCAGCAGUUCUCGUCGGCUUUCCAAGGCACAAUGCCAGUUCCGGACGGGACGCGCCGCACGGAGAUGCUGUCGGAAGAAAAGGGGGGGAGGAGGGGGGCCGGCGCGCAAAUUCAUGGAUGACCGAACCUCAGAGACGUGAACAUCUUCAUGCUCUCUCUUUCUCGUCCAGCCUCCAUCAUCAUCUUUGUUUCUUGCCAUUCUCUCCGAAUCUCUCGGUGUAUGCCGUCCGGUGUCUAUUCAUAGAGUCAUGGACCGGCGCAUUCUGGAUCAUACUCCAUGCCAGACAACUGGGGAAAAGUGGUCACGGGAUUCGAGAAGGAAAUUUGCUUUCCAGUAACGGCCGUGCAAAGGAAUGUCCAAGUUCCGCUUUUUCUGGGGCUCUGGUUCCCCUCUUGUCUUGUCUUGAUCACUACGUCGCUGGUGGUCCCCGAGGGGCCAGCUGUCCCGGUGUAAUGUACGGUGAGCUGACGUGUGGUUGCGGUGUAAAGGAAAGACGGCAGGUCCUUGUAAAAGAAGGGUCUGCUGUAAUAUUAGGUUUUCUUUCGGUUUGGAAACCCGCGGGCGGGCGUGCGAUGUGAUGCUAUGCGAAAGCCGUCGGGAUGGGAUGGGAUGGGCAGGCAAACAAAACGAGUGCGGAGCAGC